UUUGCUUUUGUCAAAUUUUCUUCUUACAUUAGAUUUUAGAAUAACAAAAAUGUCUAAAUUAAAGAAUGCAGCUAAAGCAUUCAAAAAUCUCAACGGGUUGAUAUGUGUGUAUAAACCACCAGCUGUGCCAAUAAGGCAGGUUAAAAACAUAAUUUCAACACAUUUGUGUAGAGAUUUAAAUAACUUACCGGAUAGGCCGCUCGAGAAACGAGUUGUAAUAGAAGGACCUACAAACGAGCCCAUGACGGUGAAGCUUGACACGAACUACGCCGACCAUCCUCUCGCUUGCGGGCCUCGCUAUACACAAGAUGACUUCAGGAUCAGCUGGGCUACAAACUUGGGGCUGUUUAGCAGCGGAGUAUUACUAUUGGGAAUCAACAGCGGCACAAGGAUUACAUAUGAAAUAAAUAUUUCGAGACUGACCCGUGCAUUCAAAGUGCACGGGCAGCUAGGUAAGGCUACUGAUACAUAUUUCUGGAACGGCAGAACCAUGGAGAGGUCGAGCUACGGCCAUGUCACGAGAGACAAGAUAGAUAGAGUGGUAGCUCACAUGCAAGCCGCACAUCAGAAAACGAUGUAUGAGUUGUCAGGGGUCCAUAUGGAGUCACAGACUGCAUAUGAUCUAGCUUCAAAAGGUCUCAUCAAACCGGCUAACAACAAAUUACCAGUUCUAUAUGGAAUAAAAUGUGUUCAUUUUGAUUCACCUAAUUUUACAUUGGAAAUACAAUCAGUUAAUGAAUAUGACAAGUAUCUUUGGACACUAAUUCAUGAUUUAGGGAUUCAACUAAAGACAUCAGCAUAUUGCACAGGAGUGCAGUGUAUACGGCAGGGCAAGUUCAAUGUGGAACUGGCUUUGCUCCGGAAACAUUGGAAUUUGGAGUUCAUACUGGACAAUAAGAGGAAGUGUCACCACAUACUGGAAGAGAGUGAAGAGCUUCUGAGUCGCCAGUCUGCACAUCUUAUGUAAAAAUAUGUAAAAAGUCUGUGAUAAUAUUCAUAUAUCUGCACUGCUUUUAUGUGUGAAGAAAUAAUUUUACAGUAUUUGGAUGUAAUAGUAGGAUAGUUAAAUUAGGAGUAACAGAAUAAACAAGUGAUACUUUA